GCCAAUACUUCGGACCUUCAGUGUCAACAUGCACUCUCCAAGCCAUCUUCAGCCAAGGCAGACUCUCGUGCCCAACAGUAGAGGUGGUGCUGUUACAUAAGAGAGAAAGAAUGCCCAAGAUAAUUUCACUCCAGUUUGGCCAGUGUCGCCCACCAUGUUACUCUACAAAUGCACUUCCUGCCAGGAAUUCAUCCCAGUUACCAAAGCCCGUCUAACAUGCAGCACUUGCACACCCCCGAUCACCCUGUGUGCCAACUGUUAUGUCGUGCAGGACUAUCCCCUGCAGCAUCCAGACGGUGCCGCUCAUUCUCUUUCCAUACACAAGCAUAGCGGUUAUCUUCCGGUUCCUCCUCCCCCACCAGUACGAACUAAGUCUGUCGGCAAUGUGUAUCCAAGCCCCCCUGUCCCUCCACGAAGACCGGUUUCUACAAUGAGUACCGAGGUUCCACCCAGGAAACCCCCUCGCCCGACUGUUUCGGAUGUAGAAUCUGAACUAGAUGCUACUGAACCGGUGUCGAGACCGGUAUCUGCACAGCCGCCAACGCCAUCACCACCAGCUUCGCAGCAGCAGAGCACCAAGCAGCAGCAUCGUGAACCAUCACAGCAGGAACAGCCUCCACGGCCGGAACAAAAUCAGGCGCCGCCACCUCAGCAAAGGCAAUCCCAAUAUGGAUACACUCAGGAACAACCACGAUAUCAACAGUCACAGGAAAAUCAGCAGCCCCAGCAGCCCCAGCCCCAGCAACAGCAACAGCAACAGCAGCAACCUCAGCAACCUCAGCAGCAACAUCAACGCAGCGGGUGGACGAAUUUCUUCAACCCAGAUAUGACGCCUACCCCCUGCUUCACAGCCCUGAUCAACGAAUUCUUCCAACAUCUGGACCCGAAACGCACCGGCCUUCUCAGUCCAGAGACCUGCGCCGAGUACAUCGACGCCUGCGGAGCCCCGAUGAGCCACAACGUCUGGAAAGCCGCCCGCGCCAAAAAUCCCCGAAGCUGCGACGUAGCCGACCGCGAACUAGCAGACCACUACACCUCCUACGGCGUCGACUUCGUCCUCCACCCCCGCCCACCACCACCCGCCCCAUCAACCUCAACACCCUUCAACCCCCUCUCCAUCUUCUCAAACUCCCAAACCGUCAUAAUGGAACACAUCCUCUCCUCGGUGCCCUCCGUAUCCGGCAACCAAAAGCCCAUGCUAACCUUCAACGGCUGGACGAACCUCAUGAUCUGCGGCACUCUGCUAAACCCGUCCUCGGCAUGGGGCGAUCUUAACCGUGCGAUGCGGCAUUAUCGGCUUCCCAUUUGGACGAAGUGGGGUGAGAUUCCGAGGGAGAUGUUGCCGCUUGCGCCGCAUCAGCCGGAGGUUGAGAGGGUGAGGGUCAUGCAUGAGGGGGCGAGGAUUAAUGCGGAGAGGGAGCUGGAUGCGUUGCAGGCUAGGUUGAGGAUGGAGAAGCAGGGGCGGCAAAAUGCGUUGGAUUUGUUGGAUGAUCGGCGCUAUGUUUAUCGAUGAUAUGGUAGUAGUGCUUGUCGGGUCAGGCUUGUCGUUUUGAUUUUUGAGUGAAUGAGAUGAUUUGCAGAUAGGUAUCGAGCCGGUAUGUAUGGGUGACCUGUGAAUAUCAGCGUCUGAAGUAUUUAACGUAGCG